AUGCCAGCCAAUGGCGGCAAUGGUCCGCUCAAUGUCUACUUCGGGUUCUACGUGGAGAGCCUCGGCAAUUUUCGGGCCACCGAAAUGACAUUCGAUAUGGAUAUGUAUUUGUAUAUGAGCUGGCAGGACGAUUCGAUGAAACACAACAAAUCUCAUUAUAUCUUGAUAAACGAUGUCAACCUUCUUAAUAAGCUAUGGCUUCCUGACUUAUAUUUUGCAAACGCGAGAACCGCAUACUUUCACAAGGUGACAGUCCAUAACUUCAACAUGUUCAUCUCACCGGCAGGGACCAUUUCCUAUGGAACUCGAGUCACUCUGAAUCUUGCCUGCAAUUUGGAUCUCAAGAAUUAUCCACUGGAUCAUCAGACAUGCUAUAUCAAAGUGAUAAGCUACGCGCAUGUUCGCGAGGAGAUGAAUGUCACAUGGUUCCCCAACGAUCCGAUCCGCUUCAAUCCCGACAUCGAUCUGCCGGAAUACCAUAUAAAGGCGCUUGAUAAGGAUUAUUGCCAGGGUGUCUUCUUGUACACCCUAACGCAUAAUUCGUCUCGAAUUGGCGAUUUCAGCUGCCUUUUGGGAAUGCUCAAACUGAAAAGAGCUAUCGGAUUUCACUUGGUGCAAAGCUAUAUUCCCACCGGCCUCAUCGUCGCCAUCUCAUGGGUCUCGUUUUGGAUUGAUCGACGCGCGGUGCCGGCGAGAGUCAGCCUCUCGUUUACCACAUUGCUCACGCUGAGCACACAGGGAAAUGGUAUCCGCUAUGCACUUCCUGCCGUCUCCUACGCAAAAGCCAUUGAUUACUUUUAUGGAGUUUGCAUGCUUUUCAUAUUCGGCGUCCUUCUGGAAUUCGCUCUGGUCAAUAGCUAUAUGAGGAGGGCGAACAAGUACAAUCACAUGGCUGAGAAGAUUCAAAAUUCGUAUGGCGGCAAACCUAUUAUUGCUGACUACGAUUCGGAUUACGACGAAGGCCCGACGAAAUACUAUGGGCAUUUGAAUAAGAAUUCGGCGCAUUUGAUGUUCAAGUCAUUGCAAUUUUCGAGAAAAGCGCUUUCGAUUGACAAGGCCGCGAGAUUCUUGUUUCCAUUUGUCUUCACGCUAUUCAACGUGUUCUACUGGACGUACUACCUCCGCGAGCCAUCGGAGCCGGCCAAUCCCAGCAAAUGA